UUUUUCCUGAGUAUUGGUGUGUGCAGUGAGGUUUGCCAUGUUGAUCCUACGGGUAGCUUAGACGCUAGGGGGUUCAAACAAUCAACGAAAAAAUACUCCCCUCUUAAAGAGCAAAAAACUCUAAAAAUUAAGAAGAAUCGGAAAACUUCCAAUUCGGAUUUUGUUGAGGAUUUUGAUGAAAGAAAAGCAGAUUCAGUAUCAGGAAUUUCUCCGCUCAAAGAGAAGAAAAUAAACCCUAGAAAAUCCGGGAAAGAGUCCAAGUUUACAAAAUCUGCGAAAUGUAAGAGGAGGGAAAGCAUUGAAGAAGAUGCUAUUACUGGGAAAGACCUUACAGCUAGAAAAGCCAGAGUAACUAAGAAAACUUAAAAAUAGUUGAAAACCUAAAAAGGAAAUUUAUAAUAUUUUUAUGCCAUGCAAACCUAUUUUUAUACUCAGAGAAACUGACAGGCUGUGAUAAUUCAAAAACUAGAUUUGUAUGCAAUAUGCAUGUAAACAUUUUUUAUACUUUCAGAUGAUUCUAGCUUAAAAAUCAGAUUAGCCUGGUCAAAAUGAAGUAUGUGACUGAUUCAAGUGUGUGUUUGUUCUUAACUGUUUGUUCUUUGCUUCUAAGUAUUACUGGAAGCGUUGAAUUAACGUUUGAGUUGCCAGACAGUGCAAAAGAAUGCUUUCAUGAGAUUAUUGAAAAGGAUGUAGAAUCAACUUUAGAGUUUCAGGUUGUGACAGGGGGACAUUAUGAUGUUGAUGUAGAACUUAGAGAUCCAAUGAAGAACGUUCUUUACAAGGAGGUAAAGAAACAGUAUGAUAGUUUCCAGUGGAAAGCAGAUCGAACCGGGGAAUAUAUUGCCUGCUUCUCAAAUGAGUUUUCUACUUUCUCUCAUAAACUUGUCUACAUAGAUUUCCAGGUUGGAGAUGAACUUCCCCUGCCAGGUUUAGAAAACCAGUUGGAACCCCUUACACAGAUGGAGACAUCUGCACGAGAAAUCCACGAAAACCUCAAUUCCGUCAUAGAUUUCCAAACCCAUCAUAGACUCACUGAAACCCAGGGUCGGAAGCGAGGAGAAGAUCUGAAUGAAAGAGUUAUGAUCUGGAGUGGGUUUGUUACUGUCGCCAUCAUGUUUGUGGGGUUCGGACAGGUGUAUGUUCUCAAAUCAUUUUUCGCGGACAAGAAACCUUCUCAGCUAUAUCCUGGGCUCAGAUAGACUUGGAUCCAGUGAAAGACUAUGUUUUCAACUCGUACACUGUACACAUGUCUCAUGUUUUUGUUCAAUCCCUAUUUCAGGCAUUUUCAGUGAUUCACUUUUCAGACUCGGAUUCGAUUGCAAGCAUAUCUAUAUUUUAACUCCAUCCUUUAUGAGACAAAUCCAUUUAUCACCAGCUCCAUUUUUAUGAAAGCAAGUUCACUUAGCAGCUUCAAUCGUUUAAAAAUAUCAGCUAAGGAGCUCAAUUCCCCAGAGACAAAUCCACUAAGCAGCUCCAUUCUUAGAGAAACAAAUCCACUGAUAAGCUCCAUCCACAAAUCAUAACUGAAUUCGUUUUCAGACAUAUCCACCAAUCAGCUUAAUUCGUCUGCAGUAAGGCUGCAUGCUCCAUUUGUUAAAAUUUCUCAAACUUUAAUUAUUUAUACAUUCACUCAAAUUAAGCAAGCUCGCUUUCAGUGACAUGUUUCAACACACUACAGAGAGAACUAAGAUUUAACGACAAGUUUCAGUCCUUUGUAUUAAAAAGUCAAGAAAUGCAUAAUAAUUGUAAAAUUUAUAUGCAACCUCGAUGAUUUUACAGGCUAAUUAUUCUGAAUAAUAAUCCUGUUACGUCUGUGAUUUCUUUCACGGACUGAAUUGUGAUUUAGGAAAAUUAAAUUCAGCAUUCCUGUCAGCUCUGCUUUCUCAUUUAAUUUGAACUGUACUGAUGUUAUGUACAAUACGGUUUGCCAUGUACAUCUUGACAUGUACCUUGAGUUCAGUGUACAUUGUACAUGUUAUAAGAUUUAUUGUUAGUAUUUCUCAAAAUCUCAUGGUUCUGGUACGACGGAAGAGAUGAACCUGGGAUGUUAUUUCGGAUUUAGCAUUUUAUUCAUAAUUUUAUUUCUGUUCAAUUGCUUUGUGUGAACAUGUUAAGUUCAGGAAGU